AUGUAUGUUUGGCCUCUGAAAUACGAAUCUAAAGACAAAUCAUCCCUAUUCCCCAUAUACUCACAAAUGUCAACUACUGCAGCAUUGUGUGUGAUAGCUGUGCUUGUAAUCUGCAUUUCUCACUGGAUAUACAAAUGGAGGAACCCUAAGUGCCAUGGAACCCUUCCUCCUGGUUCCAUGGGCCUCCCUCUCAUUGGGGAGACCAUUCAGUUGAUCAUUCCCAGUUAUUCCUUAGAUGUUUCCCCCUUCAUCAAACGCAGACUGCAAAGAUAUGGGCAAGUGUUUCGAACUAGUGUUGCAGGUCGGCCUGUCGUGGUUUCAGCAGAUCCUGAAUUCAACCAUUUCAUUCUACUGCAAGAAGGGAGAUUGGUUGAAUCAUGGUACCUGGAUUUAUUUGCAAAAGUUUUUAAACAAGGUGAGAAUAGGCCAGAUGGUGCCUACAUUCACAAGUAUGUGAGAAACUUGGCUUUGAGUCACUUCGGCGCUGAGAGCCUCAAAGCAAAGCUCCUUUCUCAGUUGGAAGAACUAGUAAACACAACACUCAAGACUUGGUCAUGCCAGGAUUCCAUUGAAGUGAAACGCGCCGCUGCAACCAUGGCUCUUCAUUCAGGAGCAAAGCAGAUGUUUAGUUAUGACCCAGAAAAAUCAUCGGUAGAUUUAACGGAGAAGUAUAUUAACUUCUCAAAAGGGCUUCUGGCUUUUCCUCUGAACAUCCCUGGUACUGCUUACCAUAAAUGUUUACAGGACCAUAAGAAGGCGUUGGACGUGAUGAUGGAGAUAUUAAAGGAGAGGAGAGGUUCAGCUGAUGAGACACAGGAUGGUCCCGGGGAUGUGCUUCAUCAUAUCAUCCAAGACAUGAAGACUGAGAACUUCCUUACAGACGAAUUUGUUGUUCAGCUCAUGUUUGGUUUGCUUUUUGUCAGCUUUGAUGCACUUUCUUCGGCAUUAACGAUGGCUUUCAAGCUACUUGCUGAGAACCCCUUGGUGUUUGACGAAUUGACUGCUGAGCAUGAGGCAAUUCUGAAAAAGAGAGCAAACCCGGAUUCCCCACUCACAUGGGAAGAAUACAAAUCGAUGACUUUUACACUAUAUGUUAUAAAUGAAACUCUUAGGCUGGGAACUGUGGCACCUGGAUUACUAAGAAGAGCAAAAAAGGAUAUCCAAGUGAAUGGAUAUACAAUUCCAGCAGGCUGGGCAAUUAUGGUUGUUACAACUGCUCUUCAAUUAAACCCUAAUACAUUCGAGAAUCCUCUUGCAUUCAAUCCAUGGCGUUGGAAGGACCUCAAGGCAAAUGAGAUAUCGAAGCAUUUCAUGCCGUUUGGAGGGGGAAUGAAGCAAUGUGCGGGGGCAGAGUAUAGUAGGGUGUUAUUGUCCACCUUUUUCCAUGUCUUGGUUACUAAAUAUAGGUGGAAAAAGAUUGAGGGAGGAGACAUUGUCCGGACUCCUAUGUUGAAGUUCAGGAAACCCCUUCGUAUUAAGAUCUCAGAAAAGCAUAUAUAA